AUGUCCGAAAUCUCGAAGCCUUUCCCCUCAGCGCCAGCAACGUCGCCAUCGCGAGACCCGCGCCGUUCUUCUAGACAGGAAAACCCUGCAAAUGUCUCUUCUGUGCCUAACCCCGUGCCAGCAUUUAUGCCCUCUAAACCGAAGUCAUAUGGAGAAAAGUUGAUUGAAAGCCUAGCAGGCUUAUCCACAGAGGCGUCGACUACCACGGCACUGAAGAACGAAUAUUCCAGGGCAAAAAAGGCACAAUUGGGGCUUAAUCAGCAGUAUGAUAAACUUAAAAACCUGGGUCAAUUUCCAGCAGCGAAGGACCUCCUUAGCAGAAUACGUGAUGCCCAGACCAAAGAUAUCGAUAGUCUCAAAGACCAACUCACUGCGCGCAAAGAGGCUCAAAAGGCGUUGUCGAAGCACGCUGCUGCACUGGUAGAUGCGGAGGCCAAAGGCCAAAAUCAUCCUUCUGAUGCACUCAGAAGCAUCGAAGCCGAAACAAAGUCUAAUAAACUGUCUGUCCAGUCAGUAAGGGAAGACUUUACAAGACUAACGAAAGAGACUACGCUGGCGAACGAGAGAUAUACGGAUAUACAGAAAACGUCAAAGUCUCACUCGGAUGAGCUAGGAUCAUUAAAAAGGGCUCAAGAUGAGAAUUUUAAAUUGCUAAGAAGGACGUGCGACCGAGUCGAUGCGCUAAGCGAUCAACUGCGAAAGCAGACAGAUGAGCAGAAUUUGUCUGCGGACCACAAGCGUCUUUCCCGACUAGAUGAUGACGUAUAUGAGCUGAAGCGAUCCUUGAAUGACCGAGUGGAAGCAAAGGUAGAGCAAUACUUGCGGCAAAGGAGAGACCCUCCAAAGUUGCCUACCGGUCCCAAUCAAAACAGUCUUAAAACAUUAGAAGAUCGCAUUGUCGAUCUAGAGAAAAGGCCACUUCAGAGUAGCAGCCCCACGCCCGAAUAUGAUACCCUGACGAAGAGGGUUAGUGAUAUUUUUUCUCGGCUGAAAGACGUUGAAACAAGCCAUCAACAUCUCACGACUGUUGUAGACGGGGUCAGAAGCAUUCAUGCGAUGAAGGAUGACUUGUUGACACAGCUUAUUGACGAAAAUCACAAGAAGAUCCAACAACAACUUGAGGAGACAGUUGUUAAAGUCAAGGCAGAAGCAGCAUCCGACUUAGAGAAGGCGAUGGUACAGGUCAAGACUGAGGGAGUGAAGUCUGAAACAGGCAGUAUGGCUAGUCUGAGAGAAUCGGUAGAGAUUCAGGAUCAACGCUUGCAAACUGUGGAGACAGCAGUUGGCUCCUUAGAAACUCGUUAUAGUAGCUUCACCCCUGAUUCCCUAUCUCUCCAACUCUUACCUAUUGUACAGAGGCACUAUCCACCAGCGCAGGCAUUGUACACUAUUGUUGAAAGAUUUCACAACACCCAAGUGCAAUUGGCCCAAGUUGCGCACAUUCCUGGUCUCUCUGCAGCUGUGGAGAACCAGUCACGACAGUUAGCUGUCCUUGCUUCACAUAUAUCACGUGGGAACGAAGGUUCGAACGAAGAGCGAAAGUUUUCAGCCGCGGUGAUCGAGAUACAAGCACGCUUUUCGCAACUCCAACAAAGGAUUAACGAAUUUGAGAAGACCCUUACUGACCGUGUGGAUGACUUGCAAGCCCAGUCACGGAAUCAGGAUAUAGUUGCAGUCGGAUCGGGGGGGAACGAGCCGCAGCCUGUAAAGCAAGGGCUUGCUGCUAAUCAUGAAAACGAUUUGCAAUCGCAACCACAGGGUCAAAGUACAGCAGUAACUCAAUCGACAGAAAUUAACGCUCAGUCUGUGGAGGAGAAAUUGACUGAUCUAAUCAACGAGGUCGAGAAUAAGGUCCAAAGCCUAGAGCAAAAGAUCAGUGAUGUUUUAGGCGAGAACGGCUUGAAAGACACGACAUUAAAUCUCGAAAAUCUUGAAGUUGCUUUACAGCAACAUGUUGAGAGCCUUACUCAACAAAUCGCGCAGUUGGAAGAUAAACAAGAAACUACCGCAUCUGUUGUCAAAUUCAUGUCGGCCCGCCAAAACGCCAGUUAUGAAUCAAAUGCCUCGACUCUUACUACGGUAGAGGACUUGGUAAAAUCAGUCGACGCCUUAAAAGACCAACAGAGUGCAAACGACUUUCAAACAAAAAUCGAAGGCAUCAUGGGAGAGGUCAAGGAGCUCGCCUACAGACUUCAGGAGAUAGAGCAGGCAAAAGCUAUAUUAGAGAGAAGAUUCCGCGGAUCCCAGUCUCCAAGACCUGAACGGACGCCAUCACCAGUAUUGACGAACAGAUCUGAGCUUUCUCGACGGGACGAAGAGGUUCAAAGCAAUCCUUCCGACAUGAACAGCAUCAGCUCAAAAUCACAGAAGAAAGAGAAAAAGAAACGCAAGCUUUCAAAAGCUUUCUCUUCUUCGCCCCAGCCGUCACUAUUCAAUUCCCCUAGCAGCACGCCCCUAAGUACCCCUGGGCCCGAUGGGUCAUCCAAGCCGCCGAAAAAGAAACGACACAAACAUCGGACGUUAAUGGAUGCCCCCAAUAACGCAAAUAAUGGCUCCGCCGGCAUAUAA